GAUAAUUUUACCCACUCUAACCCUCCUCACCCUCCUCCAACAUCUUCAAGCCCAAAACCUCUAUUUUCCCGAAGAUGACGAUAUGCCUGUGGCGAACCGCCAAAUGUACCCCCAAGCAGCCCUGGCCUCAGCUCCAUUGAGCCCCAUGAUCCCCACAAAAAACCUAAGCACUAUAAGGGGCACCCAGGAGUAUGAACAAGCUGUAGACCAGAUUAUAUCAAACGGUAUUCUAAAGACAACAUUGGCCAUUAAUAAAGUUAUUGCUAGUAGUGCCAAGGAUCACGCAAGGAACAUUGUUUUUGCACCUAUGAGCAUAACAGGUGCUCUAGCCUUGAUCUUACUUGGCUCGAAUGGGAAAACCUUUCAGGAAAUAACCUCUGUAAUGGGGUUAGCAACAGGCAUUGAAAAACUGAACGUAAAAUCUCAAAUAAUCCACGAACAAUUUGGUAGAAUGAUACGCAAAAUGGAGGCCAAAUCUGGCAUAGAAGUAGGGAAAGAAGUCAACAUCGCCAGCGCUAUUUUCGUGCAAGCUGACUACCCAAUAAGAGCUUUAUAUGCUGAAACGGCAAGGUCGAUUUACGGAAGUGAAGUGUUGAAUGUUGACUUCCAGAAAAGCAGUGGUUUAGCGCAACAGAACAUUAAUAGUUGGGUAUCGUCGAAGACCAAUGGAAAAAUUACUGAAAUUAUUGCAGAUGAUUUACCACAGAGCACUAGGGUUGUAAUUGUGAGUGCCAUGUACUUUAAAGCCCAGUGGGAGUUCCCUUUUUUCCCUGGAACAACCAACAAACGUCCUUUCUAUACGAACGGUAGAAAAUCCAAGGCCACAAUCGAGGUAGAAAUGAUGUCGAAUGGAGGUUAUUUUCCUUACUACAAAGACCACAACCUCAACUGUGAAGUGCUAGGUUUCCCUUACAAAGGAAAUAAAACCACAAUGUACGUUGUGAUGCCUUUUAAUUCAAACAAAGACGUACUAAAAGAGUUGGAGUUAAGGAUAACACCGGAAGAUAUUAACAGACUUGUAGACAGCACUGUCUACACCAAGGCUGUGUUGUUGUUCCCAAAAAUGAGAAUAGAGAGUACUAUAGAUCUGAAGGAGUCACUGCAGAGUCUUGGUGUGAAGACCUUGUUUGAUCCCAGUGAGGCGAACUUGGGAUUACUAUCACCAGGAGUUAGAGGCGACAUUGUAAAACCUAUGGCAUCAUCAUCUAUACCAGUGAAGGCUCCGUUACCACUUCCAGUGAACAGACAUAGUGAGAACGACAAUGACGUCCUGAUAUUCAGCAGACUCAGGGAUGUAAGCAAUUGCACCACAAACACAACCACUAAACUUAGUAGAAGAAUAAAGGAAGACGUCGAAACUCUGGAUUCAAUAAGGACCUACAUCAACGAACAAUCCAGCGACAACAAUUUUAUGAAUCCGGGGUUAUACGCUGACAGAGUGGUUCAUAAAGUAUUUAUGGAUAUAACUGAAAGUGGGACUGAAGCUGCAGCUUCAACGGCUAUAAGCCUAAGCCGGGAUGGGAGUAGGAUUCCGUUUAGAGUGGAUGUGCCGUUUUUCUUUUUCAUUCGACACGAGGAGACCAAAACUGUUUUCUUCUGGGGAUCAGUGAACUCACCUGUGCCCAGUUUUAAAAUUGUGUGA